UUUUUAUUUCUAAUUGCUUCAUUCUACACUUUUUCUCUAUCAUCUUAAGUUUUGGCUUUCCGGUUGACUGUUAAUUUUACCAACCAUUAUCCAUCCGAGAACUCAGUGGUUCAAAAUGCGAAUGUGUAUGAUGUUGGCAAAACUUUGCCUGUUUCUUCUGCUCCUAGAAACAUGAUUUUCAUUCCCUGUUUCAAAUUUCGUUUAUUAGUUUAUAUCAGUUUAUGACGUUUUCUCUUGUGGAGCAUUUUUCCCCUCUUGGUUGUUAUUGCUGUUUGUGAGUUGUGGAAUUGUCUCACUGAAUAACUAUUUGGUUCUUAGUUUUUGAUUUUUGAAAAUUAUAUAUACUACGUCCAUUUAUUGGUUUCUCUGUUUUUUUAGCACUGCUUAAAUUCAAGCCAAACUUUUUUUGUUCCGGGUAUUUGGUCAAGAAUUCAAAUUUGAAGGAUGAAAACUAUGAUUAUGAAAUUAUGAGAAAAGAAAGUUGUUAAGUAAUCCUUGAGGACAGUGUUUUGAAAAGCCCUCUUGGACACGCGCCUAGGCCCAAGGCGCAGGUUUGGCACCUCGCUUUGGAAAGGCGAGGCUCACAAACUAAGACGUGCCUUAGGCGCAUGCCUUUUGUGAAAAAAAACUAUUAAAGCUCCAUAAAUCUGAAAAUUGGUCUUUCCAAUCACCCACUCAAAAGUUUGUAACCAUCCAAGAAUUAUUGAAUCUUCACUUGGAAGUAGUUUUGACGUAUUCUUCAAGAACUCAAUGAACAAAUCUUGUAUUAUUGAAUAAUUGGAGGCUAAAAGCCUAUUGUGCAAGCUGAUAUGACUAGACACCUAGGUAGCCAGUCAACCACUUUAUUACAAAUACAUAAAAGCUACUAAAAUUUAAACUAAUAUUAAAAGAAUUCAACAAAGGAAGAUUGUUUAUAAUUCCUACAUCAAUUCUACCCGCUUGAGAAGAACAAACUCGUCACUGAGUUGGUCUGGAGUUUGGUAAUGAUAAAUAACUGAGACAUUGAAUGUUGAGCUGAUCUUCAUUAUAGGCGGUAGAUAUAUGUAAUGUGCGUUUGGUCCAACUUUCUCUAGAAUAGGAAAAGGGCCUAUCUUCUUGUUGGUAAGUUUAGAAUGUUGACCGGUUGGUAAUAUGCUUUUCUUUAGAUGUAUCGUGACUAAGUCUCCAAUCUUGAAAUUAGCAUCUCUUUUGCGUUCAUCAGCCUUGAAUUUGUAAGAGGCAGUAGUGUUCUCUAAGUGUUGGCGAACUUCUUCGUCUAUGUUCAUCACUUGAUCAGCCAUGAUGCUUAUUUCAUCACUAAGGUCAACAGGAAUGGGUAAAUUAGCAUGAUCCAGAGUUAGUCUAUGGACUUGAGUGCAAACAAUUUCAAGGGACACUUCCCUAUAGAACGGUUCACCAUGUUAUUGAAGGCAAACUCAGCUUGAGAAAGUGCAAGAUCCUGUUGAUGGGGUUUGUCUCCACUUAGACAAGAAUCUUGCAUCAUGUAACCACCCACAACUUGGUUUUCAUGGAGUCGGAAUCUUGAUUGAUAUGGGUUUCUUGAUGCUGGAAUCUUGCUCGGUCUAUGUUCUUGAUAAGGAUCAAAUCCUCACUCCCUUGUUAUAUUUCUAUUUGGAAAAUGAUAUGGGAAGAAGUUUUGAAGGUAAUUUUCCCUUUGCUGGAAGGUGUGGACCUUGCUUCCUGCAUGGCAGUGUGCAAGCAGUGGAGAGAUAUCGCUCAAGAUGAUUACUUCUGGAAAUGCUUGUGUGCCAAGAGGUGGCCUUCAACCUGCAAAACGCCCAAUCCUCCAACUGAUACCUACUACGAACUAUAUCGAAAUUUUUACAAACGCCCCAAUAAUCGACGUCUUCUCCCUCCUCGACUUUCCUUUGAUGUUUUAGAGUUUUUUAUCGACAUUUGGAGUGAAGACAGAUUAAUAUUCUCAGAAGUGGUCUCAGGUCAAGUCCUCCAGAAUGGUAUGAAGAACCCACCACCUGGUACUAUUAAUGUGCUUAGUUAUCACCUCGAAGUCCCUGAGUUCAAGAUGACACUCCCUGUUGAGCCAAGGUUCUCAAUUCCUAUAUCCCAUAGCGUGAGUGUGUCCGUGCUUGUGGGACGAAAGGAUUCCAAUAAAGUUGCUAGGAUAGUGAAUAAAUCAGUAUUUGAUUAUAUUGAUAGAACAUCUUACAGGGCAUUGGCAUUUGACUACCUUGAUUUUUCACCACUACACCCGUUUGUCUCGGGAAUCCGAGCAUGGAUCUCAUUGCUUUUCAUGGACGAUGGAAAUGAUGGUGUAAUCGAUGUAUUUGGAAUAGUAAUGGAUUUCUGUGAUGCUGCAAAUACAAAGGAUGAGGUAUUAUGGCUUUUGGACUUGCUUGAUUGGAAAUGAGGGGGAAAAGAAAGUUGGAGAAGCUAAGAGGCAUGGCCAUGUGGGGGUUGCGCCAAGUAUCAAAAACUCACACAUCUUGCCUGGAAAUAUCGCUCUGGCUUUUCUGGUAUUAUAACCUGUCCCUUACUUGUUCAUUGUCACUGUACAUAAUUUUCCAAUUCAUACCAUCAAUAAAUACGAACAAAGUUCUCUUUAUCAAUUUGUAUUUUUUCCAUAGUUUAUGUGAGUCACCUGCAAUCUUGAUCCAUUCUUUGUAUGCCAGUCUUUCUUUCAAAGUAUAUGUUUUCAGGCUCGACCUCGAGUAUAUUCUUUCGAA